AUCUAACGGCCUACAUUUCUUAGAAUAUACUUUAUAUUCAUCGUUAUGACGUGGCUCGUUUUCAUACUUUCAGCAGCAGUCUUUUGUGCUCUCUAGCAGGGUUUCUAGGGUUUGAGAUUUGAGAUAGUCUGCUACGAGCCGUUCGCCUUUUCCCUCAAGAUGGUUCUUCAGAAUGAUAUAGAUUUGCUCAAUCCUCCGGUCGAGCUGGAGAAGAAGAAGCACAAGCUUAAGCGUCUUGUGCAGUCCCCGAACUCUUUCUUCAUGGAUGUGAAGUGCCAAGGUUGCUUCCAAAUAACAACUGUCUUCAGCCAUUCACAGACUGUGGUGGUGUGUGGGAACUGCCAAACAGUGUUGUGCCAGCCAACUGGGGGACGUGCGAGGCUAACAGAGGGUUGCUCUUUUAGAAGAAAGGCUGAUUGACUGGCACAAUAUGUCAGAUCUCACACUUUAUCAUGGGUUGAUGGUUUAAGCUAAAGAUCUGGAAUUCUGGAUUGUAUGUCGGUUUAGUUUUGCUUGGAGAGUUCCUCUUAUCUUUUAUAAUGUGAUGUUCAAGCAUUGUUUUAAGCCUUAAUUAACUUAUUAGUAGUUUUUGUCAUCUGCUUUCAGAUACGUUCAAUGAAGCAUGGUAUGAUUUACAUUUCUUCGUUUUUCAUUUCUCUUUAGUGCUUUCUUUAUCAUGUUUCAUUACUUUGUUGCCAUUUUAAGUUGAAGCACGCAGUGAAUCGAAAUUGUUGGUCCUAAGAAAGUUAGCAAUGACUU